UCACACACACACACACACACAAAAACAUAGAGAGAGAGAGGGAGCGAGAGAGAGAAAGAUGUCAUGUGCAGUCCUGUACCCAGUGUAAAGCUGGAGGUAUCUGAGUUCGCUCACCCUUUCCCUCAUCAUUUUUGCUUUCUUCCCGGAGUGAGUCCAGACGUGCGCAACUGUAAUUCUCUGUAUUCUCUGACCGGGAGAGGAUGGUGUCCUCGCUCCAGGCGAUGUGGAUGUUCAAGGAUGGGGUGAUUCUGUUCUGCACACCGUUCCUCCUCCUCCCACUACCUCUGCUGAUCGGAACCACGGAGGCAGGCUGUGCCUAUGUGAUAGCCCUGAUGGCAGUGUACUGGUGUACUGAGGUACUGCCGCUGGCUGUGACUGCUCUCCUGCCCGCUGUCCUCUUCCCUCUGUUUGGCAUCAUGGAGUCCAAGCAGGUGUGUAUGCAGUACCUGAAGGACACCAACAUGCUGUUUGUUGGCGGGCUAAUGAUGGCUGUUGCCGUGGAGAAGUGGAAUCUUCACAAGCGCAUCGCCCUCAGAGUUCUACUCGUUGUGGGGAUGCGGCCUGCCCUUCUGAUGCUAGGGUUCAUGGGUGUGACAGCCUUCCUGUCCAUGUGGAUCAGUAACACAGCCACCACAGCUAUGAUGGUCCCCAUUGUCCAGGCCGUCCUGGAGCAGCUCAACAGCCCACGAAAGGGGGAGAACCCUCUGCCCACCCCUCAGAGCCAGGAGAAUGGUACGACUCCUGAGGAAAAACUGGAGAACAGUUCGACCCCACAGGACACACUUAUGAUCCAGGACAAUCACAUCCCACUGGAGAAACUAGCCUCAAAAGAUAAACUGGACUCCCCAGACAAACCCGUUCCUCAGGACAACUCUCUGACUGAUGGGAAGCCAGUGAUGGUGUCCAUGGUCUUGAAGGAAGGGACUGAAGCAGAGGCGCAGGUUGGGGAGGAAGAGGAGAAGGAGAGGAUGAAGAUGUGUAAAGGCCUGACGUUGUGUGUGUGUUACGCUGCCAGCAUCGGCGGCACUGCCACUCUAACUGGCACCGGACCCAACCUCGUCCUCACAGGGCAGAUGAGCCAACUCUUCCCUCAGAACGGUGACGUCAUUAACUUUGCCUCAUGGUUCGCCUUUGCCUUCCCCACCAUGCUGCUGAUGCUGACGCUGGCCUGGCUCUGGCUCCAGCUCGUCUUCAUCGGCUUCAAUCUGAAGCGUACGUGGGGCUGUGGUGCUGUGCAGUCAGAGAAGGAGUUUGCGGCAUAUGAUUUGAUCCGUGAGGAGCAUCGUCGUCUGGGGCCCAUGUCUUAUGGAGAGCUGAGUGUCCUGGGGCUCUUCAUCCUGCUGGUGGUGCUUUGGUUCACACGAAGCCCAGGCUUCAUCGAUGGAUGGGCAACCCACGUCUUCAAUGCCAACGCACCGUUUGUAACUGAUGCCACAGUGGCAGUGUUUGUUGCCAUGCUGCUGUUCGUCUUGCCCUCUGAGCCCCCCCGCUACCUCUGCUUCUGGAGAACACAGAGAUUUGACACAGAGCCCCAGCCCCCCCGCGGCCCCGCCCCUGCCCUGCUGACCUGGCAGGUGACCCAGAUGAAGAUGCCCUGGAGCAUUGUACUGCUGCUAGGAGGAGGCUUCGCACUGGCUAAGGGCAGCGAGGUGUCUGGUCUGUCGCGGUGGCUGGGUGAUCAGAUGAUGCCUUUCUGCUCCGUCCCUCCCUGGGCCAUCGCUGUCAUCCUCUGUCUCCUCAUCGCCACCUUCACUGAGUGUGCCAGCAACGUGGCUACCGCUACACUCUUCCUGCCCAUCCUCGCCUCCAUGUCCCAGUCCAUAGGGUUGAACCCGCUGUAUGUGAUGGUACCCUGCACCCUCAGUGCAUCUUUUGCCUUCAUGCUGCCUGUGGCCACGCCUCCUAAUGCCAUCGUGUUCUCUUAUGGAUACCUGAAGGUGUCAGACAUGGCUAAAACGGGUAUAGUGAUGAACAUCAUCGGGAUCCUGUGCAUCACCCUGGCCAUUAACAGCUGGGGUAGAGCCAUGUUCAACCUGGACACCUUCCCCUCCUGGGCCAACACCACCGCUAACAUCACUACAGGGGGAGGAGGGGGGAAAUGACCCCAAAUAUACCACCAUACGCCCCUGUACUGCCAUUGCACUGCUACCGAUGCCAAAAGGGGAUGAGGAAGGGGGAGUAUUACCAAGAGACCACGGAUCUUUCUCCAACAGCACUACAAGCCUCGCUGGGGCAACAGAAGGCUGGCCAUGAGAGCACUGCUAUGGUCUGGUGAACACAUGUGUGUGCACACACACACACACACACACACACACACACACACUGGGAUAGUUUCCAGCUGUGCCAUCACCGUACUGGUUAAUUAUCAGUGUAUUUUCUACAGUUCAGGACUUAUUCUUAUAUUAUAUGGUUAUGACACUAGAGAGCCUUAGGGAACAGGGAUGAUAAAUAACUUGCAAAGCCAAGACAUGCUGUAAUACUGUAACUUAUAUUUGUAUUACUGACAAUAUUGUUAUAUCAAUUUAUUUUCUAUAAUUGUAUUAUAUUACAGGGAUCAUCGACUAAUAUUAGCCACUGGCUAAUUUUCUCUUGAGUGGAUGGUCAGGGGUCUGGAACAUAAUUACAAAUCAUUUGGAGACUACAAAUUGACUGCCAGAAGCCCAAACAAAUAUAAUAUUUGACUAAAACAUAAUAAUUUCAAACCUUGCUUACAUUUGUAUACGAUCACACAUAUCGCUCUAUUAUCCGUGGGAAUACUUUGGAACAGAUUUUCCUAAUUAAAAUCACUUGGAGCUGAUUUUCUGGCAUUUUCAGUCUUUUAUGUCCAACAAUCAAAAAAAGAAAAUAAUAAUUUUUGCACAGAAAACUUGGGGGACAAAUAAAAUCAUCUGCGGGCUGCCAGUUGGGGAACUCAAUCAAUCAAUCAAUCAAGUUUAUUUUAUAUAGCCCUUCGUACAUCAGCUAAUAUCUCGAAGUGCUGUACAGAAACCCAGCCUAAAACCCCAAACAGCUAGUAAUGCAGGUGUAGAAGCAUAACAGGGAACUCUGUUAUAUUACAUAAAUUAUGAUAAAUGCUUUUCAGUAAGUGUAAUUAAUUAGAUAUUUUGUAUAGUUAUCAAUGUAAAUGAUUGACUUUUGUAAGAGUUUAGAGUUGUUUUUUCCAUUCCGAUAACAACCUAUUAUGGUUUUGUCAUUGUACUGUAUUUGUUUUGUUUUUUUGCUGAAUAAAGCCUGGACUUUUGA